AUAUGGGGUAAAGAUGGCUGCCACUGGAGAUGCAGUCACUUCGAGUGGAAAGCACACUACGCAUUGACACUUUAUCUUGGGUUUUUACAGAGCUUCAUAUGGGAAUUAUUUUUGUGCUACUGUAAGAGUUCGCCACAACGUUCAAGAUUCUGAUUGUUCAUCAUGGCAACGGGUGGCACUCCAUUUGAAGAUGGCACAGAUGAGCAGGAGAUGCAAAACUGGACCAUCUCCAAUGGAAGCUUGGAUGAUAGACUCAACAAUAUGGAUUGGGGAGUGCAGCAGAAGAAGGCCAACCGCUCAUCUGAGAAGAACAGAAAGAAGUUCUCUGCUAUGUCAGAGAGCAGGCUAACUAAUGACAUUUCUCCAGAGUCUACCCCUGGAGCAGGGCGACGGAGAGCACGUACACCCCAUUCUUUUCCUCAUGUCAAAUACAGCACUCAGAUGUCUGUGCCUGACCAGGCUGAGCUUGACAGACUCCGGCAGGUCAUAAACUUCACUGAUUUGGAUGAGAGAAGUAUUGGCAGUGAUUCUCAAGGCCGUGUAACUGCAGCCAACAAUCAAAGACAGCUGUCUACUGAGGCCAAGAAACCUUUCAACUUUCUGCCAAUUCACCUCAACACUAACAAAAGCAAAGAGCCCACUGCAUCCACCUCUUCCACACCUGGGGGCAAGGAACACAAGAAACAGAGUCCUGGGAAAGAGCUGUUUGCCCCAGUUCCAGCAGUAGUUAAAGAACCUUUUAGUCUGGACGGUGCCCAGAGGUUGGGAUUGGAGGAUGCGAGGGGAGAGCUUUCCAUUGACAGCAGUCAGAUUGUCAGUAAACUGGUGCAAAUUCGUGAAUACAUUGGCAAGGCCACAUCCAUGAGAGACGACCUGGUGGAAAAGAACGAUGUGCCUGCAAACGUGGAACGUCUGUCUCUCCUCAUCACUCACUUGAAAGAGCAGGAGAAAUCUUACCUGCGUUUUCUUCAAAAGAUGCUGGCGAGGGAAAAUGAGGAUGAUGAUGAUGAUGAAGGUGCUACGGUGGAUUCUGCAGUAGGUUCAGGCUCGGUGGCCGAGAGCACAUCUCUGAACCUGGAGCCGCGCUCUGAAACCUCCAGUGCCACUGGCCAUGGGGUCUGUAGAGAGCAGAAAGAAGAGCUAGAAAACAUGCGAAAGCAGCAUGACUUGCUAAAAAAGAUGCUGGAACAGCAGGAACAACUCCGAGCACUACAAGGCCGUCAAGCUGCACUACUGGCCAUGCAGCAAAGUGCUGAACUAGCCAUAGCAGUGAUGGAUGACACUGUUGUUACAGAGACUACUGGAAGUGUGUCUGGCAGGAGCAUUACUUCUGAGCUCAAUGAUGAACUCAAUGAUCUUAUCCAGCGCUUUCAUAACCAGCUACAUGAUUCUCAGUCUCAGGUGGUUCCAGACAACCGACGGCAGGCAGAAUGCCUCUCUCUUUCAAGAGAGGUGUGCCGCUCACGCACUACCCAUAAUUCCCGGGGUCAGUUACCUUCCUCUGCCCCACUAACUACUGCAUCAACCUCAGACAGCGCAAAACUUUCUAAACUACAGGAGCUACAGGACAAAAAGCAGACCAUGGACAAGAUCCUCCAAGAACUCCAUUCACUUAGAGACCAGACCCUCAACAACAGUUCCUGUCAGAGUGUCAGCCAGCGUAGUGCACGUGUAGGCAUGUCAGAGCGUCCUUCAGUUUUGGGUAGAGAGGGAAAUGGGCCACGUCCAGUAAGGCAGGGCUCAUCCUCUUACACGCAGAUUGAUGAUAACAGCCACUCUGCUGACAAACUCAGGAAGCUGAAGGAGGUGCACAAGCGAUUGAAUGAACUAAGAGAGUUGGUUCAGUAUUAUGAACAGACAUCAGAUAUGGUGGUGGAUACUGUAAAUGAGAAUGUGAAGGAGGAGGAUGAGGAAACUGAGGACGGUUCACUUUUUGAGGCCAUGUUUGAUUCAGAGCAGGAGAACCACGAACCAGUUACCAACAUCAGAAAUCCAGCCCAACCACAGACUCCAAGUAACUGGAUGGACAUGAACAGUUUGACAAAGACUCGCAGUGCCUCCAAUAAUAGAGAUGGCCGCCUGAACACAGAAUGUGAAAUCAAUAAUCGCUCAGCAGCCAACCUACGCAGUCUCAACAUCCCUUCAGUCAUAGAAUGUCAGCACAACCGAGACAGGCCUUACGUUGGAGUUAAAGAUGAGGAUGAUGAGGAGGUGCUGGAGGAUGACGAUGGAGCUAGAGGAGGAGGAGGAGGUAGAGACAGUGAUGGUUCGGGAUCUAGUCAUAGGAGCAGUCUGGGCGGUGAUGCAGAGUAUGCUCAGAAAGUUCACCGUCUUCAAACAGCCAAACAGAAACUCAGACAACUUCAAGAACUGGUGGCUAUGGUGCAGAGCGACGAUACAGAUGGUACUACAGCUAAUGAGGAUGAGGGUUUGAAGCAACAACCCAACAACACACGAGCAACAGCUCCCAAAGCUCAGAGAGACAUUGCCCUCUGUGAUAAGGCCAGAGAGAGAUUGUAUGAGGAGAAACUCAAGCAGCAGCAGCAUGAACUAAAGCAGCUUCAUGAAGAGAGACAGAGACUAUUGGAGAUUCAGGGGAAGAUACAGGACAUACAGUGGGCUUGCCCUGAUCUUCAGUCAUCUGUGAGCAGUAGUGCCAGUGGUCAAAUGAGCAGGAAGAUUCCUGCAGCAGCCUCUACUCCUGCUCCUGUUCCAUUACAAUCUUCUUCCUCAGCUAAAGCCAACACUAGUGGCCUCAAACCCACAACUGAACCUCCUCCAGUCACCGUCACUGACAAUGAGCUGUGGACAGAGAUGCGAAGGCACCAGAUGUUGCGUGAGGAGUUGAGACAGAGACGGAAACAAUUGGAGAGUCUGAUGGCAGAGCAGCAAAGGAGAAGCACACUUCCUGACUCUCCAUUCAGAAGCGACACACACGAGACCCAGUCCUACAGUCGUGAUGAAAGAACGGUGGCCACAUGGGGUGGUUCUACACAGUGUCCUCUUGGUGAUGAUGAUGAUGAUGAUUACUCAUCUGAGGUCGGAGCUGAGGAAGAUGAUGAUGAUGAACGUGAUGAGGGAGAGGAGUCCAGCUCCACCGAUGAACGGCAUGCUUGCUCUACACAAAAACAACGCAACUACAACAGGAAUAACAGAGAGGGUCUGAAAGUUCUCAGCGAAGUUAACACGAGUCCUUCCCCUCGUGGAUCAAGAGGUCGUUCUCGUCAGCAGCCGCAGUCUGAGAGAGGAAGUUCUAGCAAAGCGAAGAGGCAGGAGAACCUGCGAUGGGCAGCUGAUUUGUCUCUCGCUGAAGGUGCUGCACCAGCACACUGGCAGGAGCAGAUCACACACCUCCAGAAACAACUCAACUUCAGCACUACCAUGUGCCAAACUCUGCUUCAGGAUCAGCAGACACUUUCAUACAUGCUGCAGGCUCUGCUCACUGGCCCCUGCGGUGUUGUGCCCAAUAAUGUGACCUCUCCUCAGGUCCCUCUCAUCAUGCACCAGCUAAACCAGUGUUACACACAGCUGGCUUGGCAGCAGAACAAUGUCAAUCGAUUAAAGCAGACUCUGAAUGAUCUGUUGCGGCAGCAGCAGAGCCAGUCAUCAUCUGGACAACAGCAGCAUCAAAGUGUUGCGCAUGAUCCUGCAUCUCCUUCAAUGUUUCUAAAUUACCCAUCUGUCAAUGCACUCAAUAUUCCUGGACUUCCAAAUUUCUCCCCUUUUCCAACUGGCUUUAAUUUCACUCCCAUGUUUCCCCCUUCAGUUGGAGAUUUCCAGCAGAACCAGGCUAGCUCAGAUCAACAUCAUGAUCCAAAUAUAUCCCUCAAAACGGAGUACAUGAGCUUCCCCCCUCCACUACAGAGAUCUCCACUCAAUAAUGCAGAGAAACGGUUCCAGUCUCACUCUGAUAAUCUGACUGAUGCUAAUAACUCCAGCUGGUUAAACUCCUCUCUGAAUCGUUCUAGUCAGAGGCCCAUUCUUACCUCAGACCAUCCAAGUCAGGGAGAGCAGAACUCGCUUUCCUCAUCUCCUGUCCCUCACCCUUCUACCUCCCGGGAUCACUCUUAUAUACCUGACUCCCAGGAGUCUAUGAGCAGCCUGCCAGACAGAGCAGACCCAACCACUGUCACCAAGACCUUCAGAGCAGGACGCAAGGCUGCGGCACAGGCCAGCCUGGCAUCCAGAGACAAGACCCCCAAUAUGAAGAGCCGCCGGAAGAGAGGCAGGGGACAGAAGAACACUGCCAGUUCAGACCAGUCAUUUCGACCUCAUGGAGUAUAUAGUGAAGUGCGUGCGCAGUCAGUUGCGAAGCCAAUCAAAGCCUCUGUGGACAGUGACAGUGUUUCAAGUGACUCCCAUUUUGAGAGAGAGCGCUCCAAUCAGGUCAAAUAUAAAGAGCUCAACCAGGAUCUGUUGGACAAGCUCACACAGGAAAAACUGGACAGCAAGACUAAGAACAGCAAGCCAAACGACCUCUCAUCUGCAUAUGCUUGGAGAACACCUUUUCUCUCUAACAGAAUUGCAUGCACUGAAGUCCCAGAUGUGAGCAGUGAUUUCUCACUCUUUGAGGCCUUAAGAGAAACAAUCUACUCAGAAGUGGCAACAUUGAUUUCUCAGAAUGAGUCUCGCCCUCACUUUCUCAUUGAGCUCUUCCAUGAGCUUCAACUGCUCAAUACAGACUAUCUACGCCAGAGGGCGCUUUACUCAUUGCAGGACAUUGUAACGAGACACCUUACGGAGAAGAGUGUGGCAGAUGAGCAGGCCUCCUCUUUAGGUCCAGCUGUAUGGGCAACAGGCUCCCAAUCAGAGCUCACGCCUAGUGAGAGCUUGGCUACAAGUGACAAUGAUGCAUCUGACAAGAUUGUAACUGUUAAAUCCAACUCUGUAUUGAAGAGGGUACCAGACAGAGACUCCAUGGACAAUGAGAGCCUUCUGUCUACGUCCUCCAACCUUGAACCAUUUGCUAGUGAUGACCUGGGUAACACAGUGAUUCAUUUAGAUAAGGCAUUGGCCAGGAUGAGGGAGUAUGAGCGCAUGAAGCUGAGGGCUGAAUGUAACACAGAUAACCCUGAGCACAGCUCUGCCAUUGCUGCUGCCACCGUUGCCUCACCUCAAGGUACUCAAGGUGCAGGACAUUUGUCUACAGAUGCACAUUGUCCUCAGAUUGACACCCAACAGCUGGACCGACAGAUCAAAGCCAUCAUGACAGAGGUCAUUCCCUUCCUAAAGGAGCAUGUUGGGGAGGUGUGUUCACAGAAGCUGCUCAAGGCUGUGAGACACAUGGUGCUCAACCUCACUCAGCAAAAUGACGAAAGCAAAGAGUUUGUUCGCUUCUUCCACCGGCAGCUGGAAGGCAUCCUGCAGGAUUCCCUCAGCAAGUUUGUAGGUCGGAAGUUGCAGGACUGCGGUGAGGAUCUGCUGGUGGAGAUCUCUGAGAUCCUGUUUAAUGAGCUCGCCUUCUUCAGACUGAUGCAAGAUUUAGAUCAGAACACCUCCAAAAACAAACUCAGGACCAAGAGGCGGUCCGACCACACAUCUCCUAAACACUCGCCUCACACUGAGGAGAUGAAAACACUAGAGAGAGAAAAGACGUUCUCACCAUCCUAUUUUGAUGAAGACAGAGAUCAGGAUGAGACUGAGCGGCAAGAGAUGCCUCAUGAGAGAGAAGAGGAGAAGGAGAAAGAAGCACAGAGCAGUGAAGCAUCUGAGGUGGAAGAGGAAGAAGGACUGCCACUUUCUAUAAGCCUGUCUAAAGCAGAGACACAGGCUCUAUGCAACUACGGCAGUGGAGAAGAUGAAAAUGAAGUGGAGGAGAUGGAGGAGUUUGAGGCUGGACCUGUAGAGGUGCAAACAUCAUUACAAGCCAGCAUGGACAACACUUGUGAACACAGAGAGAGCUCUGCGUUACAAAACGAAACCCCACAGGAAACCAAAUCAGACCAAGACAGCUCAGAAAGUAGUCAGUUAAAUAGUGAACCGUCUGAUCCCAAAGUCAUUGUUCAGCCUCCAGAAGAGGGUGGAGAAGAGGAAAAAUCUGCUUCGGGAGAUGAAGGAGAGGAAAAGGAGGACAGCACUUCUGCUCCAGUCCAGGAAACUCCUCAGAGCUCCGAUUCAGCCAGUCCUGAUACAGACUCUCCAGUCAUGAUCAACACUGAUGAAGCUGGAUCUGGAAAUACCAGUCAGAGAUCGGAUGAGGAAGAUUUUGUGAAGGUGGAGGAUCUUCCUAUUCAGAUGUCUGUUCUGUGUGAGGAAGAGCUGUGUAAGAGGAUCUCAGAAGAACAGCAAAAUAACAACUUGACAGCUGAAAUUCUCAAUGGAAAUACAAGCGAGCUUACGGGAUUGGUGGGAAAUGCUCAAACACUCAAAGAGCCUGAAACCAUUGGAGCCCAGAGUGCAUGAGAAUGAUCUUUCAGUCUUACACUACAGUCCAUCUUUCAUGCAGCAUUACUGUUUAAUGAGCUUAAUACCCUAAGAAUCCUUGGAAACAACAGCUAAGCGAAUCAACCUGUCAGCAUGCGUGAUCUAACAGUUCAAGAGACGGCAAAGAAGUCUCUACACCUGUAAGUAGUUUUAUGGAGAAUGUAGAUGAUGUCUUGAAGCGGGCUCUUGUCUGUCUUUUAAGCGGUUCUGUAGUCUGUAAGUGCUUUUUUCUGUGUUUCUCUUUGUUGAGCUUCUUCAACGGCUGAGGUUUAAGGGAUGCAGAACAUUUGUGUGUUCCUACGUUUGGCAUGGUUAGGCUUUUGUUUUUGCAUUUCUCCUGUGAUUUUUGCCAAUGAAAUACAAAGAGGACAAUAGAUCUUUUGUUUCUCUGGUUCAGGACAAAAUUAAGCAGAAAUGAAAAUAACCCUAUUUAAAUAUAUUUGACAUGAACCAGACUGCACAUUGAAAACCAUUAGGGAUUCAGCAGAAUCACAUGUUAGCACUGAUGGAUUGUCCUGUCCUUUCUUAUUGCACUCUUUUAAAUGUUCUCUUGCUUUUAUUUGGAUCUUUUUUUAAGGCAUGUUGGCCAAUGCUUGGGUUCUCACCCCAUUUCACCUCGUGUAAUUCUCCAAUGUUUAGAUUGAGAUUUAAAACGAAUAAAACAUUGAUUUUUACCAUU